UCCCCGCAGCCCCGCAGAAUCAAACUGCUGCUCGUCCGAGCCGACAAUGGCACAACUGGUGGGACCUCUUCGCAAAGAGCUCGCCGACUCUCUCUCCUCCUGUCGGGUGUUGGUGGUCGGGGCGGGAGGCAUAGGCUGCGAGCUGCUGAAAAAUCUGGUCCUCACCGGUUUCAAGAAUAUUGAAGUGAUUGACUUGGACACCAUUGAUGUCAGCAACCUCAACAGACAGUUCCUGUUUCAGAAGAAACAUGUUGGAAAGUCCAAAGCUCAGGUCGCCAAAGAGAGUGUGCUUAGGUUUUGCCCUUCUGCGAAUAUCACUGCCUAUCAUGACAGCAUCAUGAACCCAGAUUACAACGUAGAAUUCUUCCGGAAUUUCCAACUUGUUAUGAAUGCUUUGGACAACAGAGCGGCCAGAAAUCACGUCAACAGGAUGUGUUUGGCUGCAGACAUUCCCCUCAUUGAGAGUGGCACGGCGGGUUAUCUGGGACAGGUUACUGUUAUCAAGAAGGGUCAGACAGAAUGCUACGAGUGCCAGCCGAAGCCCACACAGAAAACCUUCCCAGGGUGCACCAUUCGCAACACGCCCUCUGAACCCAUUCACUGCAUCGUGUGGGCCAAAUACCUCUUCAAUCAGCUAUUUGGCGAGGAGGAUGCGGAUCAGGAGGUUUCACCUGACACAGCUGACCCUGAGGCUGCCUGGAACCCUGCAGAAGCAGCAGCCAAAGCUACAGCCUCUGACCAGGAUGGAGACAUCAAACGAGUGUCCACUAAAGGGUGGGCUCGCUCCACAGGCUACGAUCCCGUCAAACUCUUCAAUAAGCUUUUUAAAGAUGACAUCAUGUAUUUGUUGACCAUGGAUAAGUUGUGGAAAAAGAGGAAAGCCCCAGUACCUCUAGACUGGACAGAAAUCCAGCAGCAUGCAUGUUCUCAGGAGGAGGCCUGCGGCACAGGUCUGAAGGACCAGCAGGUGUUAGGUGUUCAGGGUUACGCUCAACUCUUCCAAAGGAGUGUAGAAACCCUCCGAUCUCAGCUGACAGAGAAGGGUGACGAUGCAGAGCUAGUUUGGGACAAGGACGACCCUCCAGCGAUGGACUUUGUUACAGCGGCCGCAAACUUGCGCAUGAACGUCUUCAGUAUGAACAUGAAAAGCUGCUUUGAUGUCAAAUCCAUGGCUGGGAACAUCAUUCCAGCAAUAGCCACCACUAAUGCCGUCAUUGCCGGUCUUAUUGUUCUUGAGGCGCUGAAAAUUCUCAACUCAGACUUCGAGCAAUGUCGUACGAUCUUCCUGAACAAGCAACCCAACCCCAGGAAAAAGCUUCUGGUACCGUGUGCACUGGACCCUCCCAAUUCAAACUGUUACGUGUGUGCCAGCAAACCUGAGGUCACAGUCAAACUGAACGUGCACAAGACCGUUGUACAAGCCCUUCAGGACAAGAUUUUGAAGGAGAAAUUUGGCAUGGUGGCACCAGAUGUGCAAAUUGAGGAUGGCAAAGGAACAAUUCUCAUUUCCUCAGAGGAGGGAGAGACUGAAGCUAACAAUAACAAAUUUCUGGCUGAUUUUGGGAUUCGGAACGGGAGCCGUCUUCAAGCAGAUGACUUCCUUCAGGAUUACACGCUUUUGGUCAAUGUACUUCACAGUGAGGAGUUAGAAAAGGAUGUCGAGUUUGAAGUGGUGGGUGACGCCCCAGAAAAGGCACCAGCUCCAAGUGCCCCAGAGGAGGGGAAAAACAUUACCAAUGGUAACAAAGAUUCAGCCCAGCCUUCUACCUCAUCUAAAGCAGCUGCAGAGGACGAUGAUGUCCUUAUUGUAGACUCUGAUGAAGAACCAUCCUCAAGCACCAUGGAGGCUUCCCCAAAGGCAAGUAACCGCAAGAGGAAGCACCAUGACACUGAAACAGACGAUGCUGCGUCUAAGCGCAAACGCCCUGACCAACAGCCAGCUGAUGAUGAUGAUGAUAUCAUCGCUCUAGACUAGCACGAUGAUACGAAUUUCGCCCAUCUCCAAUAGAGGAUUUUCCUCCAUUGUAUUUUCAUAUGGUUUCUCUUACCAAACAUGUAAAUAUAUCUGUACAAAAUGGUUCAAGCUCAUUGGAUGUCAUCUUUUCUUUCUGUCCUUUUGAUUUUUUGGGAACAGAAAAUGGCUCAAAUAUGAACUUCACUUGGGUGGGAUUUUUUUUUUUCAGAAGGAUAAAAUGCUUUUCAACUUUGUUUUAUUUUUUUAUUUUUUUCAAUGCGUGUCUCCUCUGAUUUUAAUGUGUCUAAGAAAAGCUGAUGAACAUUGCUCAGUAUUUCAGUGCAUUUGAUCAUCUUUGAAAACCAUAUUUAUUGCAGUUUGUUUUUGCUGCCAACCUUCAGAAUAUUUGAAAUCACCAAAUCCUUUCACGGUGUCACUGUAUAACUCGUGGACUUGUAUACCAUCUUGCAUUGCUUUAGCACCACAAUGAAAAACAAUUGUGACUUUUUUCUUUUUUUUACAAAAAUACACUUGGAACAAGUUUGUACCCUUGUUUUUCAAUUUAUUAUUUGUAUUUACUUUUUCAGUCCAAGCACAGUAGAAAAGAAGACCGUGCCUCAUUUUCUGACUAAAGUAAGCAGCUGAAUGUAACUCUUGUUUACUCGAAAGCUGCCCAAAUAUGUGUCUAUGGAAGGGUACAAUGUCCUAAUUGCUCGUUGUUUACUUUGGAAUGCUUAUAUAUGACGUCAGAACAUUCUGUUUUUCUCUUAUUGCUCACGUAGAUGUCAGAGUCCAUCGGUCACCCAUACCUAGUUGGCACGUGGAGUGAAAUUUUGGUUCAUUACCUGCACAUUUUGCUGGUGAUGGCCAACAGUUUUUUUUUUUUUUUUUUUUUUGGUUCUGGACCGUUUACACCAAACGCGUUUUUGCGUCCAUCUGGGCUGUUUUUCUAUGUAAACAUGCAUUUAACUGACGUCUUUGACCGUUGCACCGCUUCCCGCCCUCCCCCCGUUUCGUGCAAUAUCAGCAAAUUUGUGUGCGUGUGACAAAUGUAAAAACUUUUGUUACUUUUAAAUGAAGCAUAAAUAUAAAUGUAUAGGUAAUGUGGCUUAACAAUGUGUAGUUCACACUAAUUAAUAUUCAAAUAAUGAUGGUCACAGUAAUUAAUUUGUUCGGUUAGCGGUGGGUUCGACACUGCAAAAAAAAAAAAAAUCACCGCUUCAGAACAGUCCUUUACAAAUAAUAAUAAUACUUUGGGAACUAUAGUUCCCACAAAAAUAUAUUCACCACAGUUAUUGACGUUGAAAUCUGUAAAACAGUAAAAGCUUUCAGAAUCUUUUUAUUUAUAUCAUAAACCCUUCAGAGUAGCGCCUUAUUUGAUUUUUGGCGGGAAUGAAAGCGAGCCUGAGGAAUAAACGUAGUCUCUUUAACUCGUGAUCCUUCAGUUGACGAAACUUUGUUUAAAAAAAAAAAAAAAGCGAAGUACCUUACAUUUCUGUAAUUAGUAGAUGGCAGCAAUGGAGCUGUUUUUACACCAGUCUGUGCCUACAUGAACGCAGAGUGUUCCUCUUUAAUAUGUAGUUUCGCUCACAAUAUCCGUUAUCCAUUUCUCCAUGUACGACUUAAACCCCAAACACGCAUUUAUCGACGCUUGUUAUAAUUCCCAUCUCCUCAUGUCCCUCCUCUGCAUAUAAUUAACGCCCCUCAGUGGAUGAAGCUGAUUGGACUGAGGCUGGACACCCGACCCCAACUGGACACAGUGGAGUGGACUGGACUUUUAAUUCUCCAUUUUAUUUCCCUUUCAGUAGGAUAUUUAAACCUGUCUGUCCACAGACGGCUCAUUUCACUUUCGAGCUGCUGUCUCGGGUCAAAACAAAAGCUACUCGGGUUUCGUAAGAUCGAGACAAUUGGAAACAUCUAGUUGCCUUUCGUCGUUUAGUGGGUGUUGUUAACCAGUACUUUUUUGCCUUCAUCCACCAAUCAGGACGCAA